AGAGUAAGCACUUCUAUAUACACUCGAGAUUGCAGUGAGAAUAAGUAGAAUAGUUGUAAACAAUUGAAAGAUUGAUAAAAGUGGGUUUUUUAGUGGAGGAAGGAGGCGUGGUUGCUUCAAUGAGUAUUGAGAAGUGCAAUUGAGGCAAAUGAUUUGUUGAUAAUCAAGGAGUUUAACUUGUGAAGAUACGAUUUGGAGGAAAGAAGUCGGCAGGGAUAAAGGACUCACAAUGGAUCGACCAAGUAUUGAUAGUUUCUUGAGGCGAGAUAUAACAUCUCCGAGGAAACGAAUGUCAUUGGGACCAUCGUCCAGGCGUCAGAGCAGUGGAGUGAGCCUAUCAGGUCGUUCAACGCAAUCAGUCCAAGUGAUCUGUCGUUCGGCGAGUCACGUAGUCGAGAGCUUUGGUUCCUCCCUCCCAGUCCUGGUGACGGAAGCCCUGACCUUCGUCGACAGGAACACAGCAGUGAGUGUUAGUGUCUCCCAGAACGGUUGGGCCUGGCUGGUCUGUGGGAGACGUCUCCUGGUCUGGCAAUGCAAGACGACCCUGGACCCAAAGCAGCGCCCCACCUUCAAGUCCCAAUGUCGAGAGCUCCAGCUGCCCCAGAGUGACCUCGCCCAUAAAGCGGAAUGCAUAGCAGUCUGGCUUCCUCCAGGUCACCAGGUUCCUAGCUGCAUGGCAGUGUCUCCUGAGGGUAUAGUCCGCUACUGGAGCAGCGUAGCUCAUGAAGAAUCCUCAGUGGAGACCUCAGCCGAGCUAGCAGGUCAAGAAGUCGACUGUCUAACCCACAUCCCCAGUCACGGCUGCAUCCUGGCGACCACGACCUGCACAGUUGCCCUCCUCCAGCCCCAGUUCACAAACGCCCGUAACACGAUCACCUGCAGAGUCCUCAGGACCUCCCAGGGAUGGCUAGGAGGCAUAGGACGCCGAAUGUCUUCCCUGAUCUUUGGUGCCAUGCCACAAUCUCCAGUUAUGGAAACCAAACUGGCUAAAGUCACCUGUACAAGCCUCGGAGAUCGUUCCAGGGUCCUCAUCCUGGCUGGAUCCUCCUUACAAUACUGGUCCUUCCCCUCUGGAGAACAAGAGAAGAUGGAGUUCGAUGAGGACGUUGGACACAUUGUCUCCCAGGAGUUCCAGAAACACAUUUGGAAUUUGAGACACUUGGCCCCUGAGAACAUGGAGACCUGGCUCAUCGACAUGCAGACGUGUGACGAGGGAAUUGUUCUUCUUGUUGCUGCCAAUUCAUCAGACACCUCGCCUUCUAGGAUUCAUUUUGCUCUGGGACUUCUCCCCCUGAAUGGCACCAGUCUCACGAAUUCGUUUAAGUGGUUUCUGCAGCUCAAGAACCUGCUACAAGUGGCACCUCUGAGGCAUCAGGAGGACCCUGAGACUGCCAUAUCUUCCUUUCGAUUUAUUCUGUCAGGCUGGGAGGCUAUUGUUUACAACUCCCACACUGUUCUAGUAGUUAAUACCACUAAUGAGCAUGAACAGGAUAAGAUAGACCUGGUGAGGAGUGCAGAGGAUAAAAUCCUGGGGGGCUCCCUCUGCUCAGGUGCUCCCAUCCUCUUCACCAGAAACUCCGGCCUCGUCACCAUUACUAGACCAGAUUUCGCUGUUCAGGAUUUCAAUUCGAGUUUCGCUGAUGCCAACACCAGUGUUGAUUUCACCUUGAACACGAGUGUAACCGAGAACUUUAACGCAACGAUAGCAAAUGAUAAGCUGAGAGAGAUGUACCUCAGCUCCAAUGGAGUCGACCAGCUCAUCGCAGCUUUCAUGUUUAGUUGUCGACAGAAUAAACAGGAGUGCGAACAGAUUCUCGUGGAGUUGUUUCCUUAUCAGGAGGAACCGGUCAUGGAUAUCGAUGCAAUGCUGGAUACACUGGUUCUAGAAGUUGGGAAGAGACUUAUCGACGACUUUCCUGCUAACGACCCUCGCUGGGCGAAUCACAUGGACACCUCCAUUACCAUGACAACGGUUUCCUCGAUGCAAAUCCCUCAUCAGCUUGAUGGGAAGCACAAGGCUUUGGAUUUGUUCGUUGGAUUUUUGAAGGAGUACAAUCUGUGGAGUAGAUUUUGUGCGGUUACCUACAGGGGGAUCAUCAUGUCAACUUCUCACGUGCUUGGGGAGUAUGCUGAGAAGAUUGUGGCUGCACUGGCGAUCUACAAUCUCCAGAAUCAGUUCCCUGAUAUUUUAGAUUCGAUCAUUGAGGAGACGUUGAAUCCUGAGAGCUUCGUGUCCCCUGAGUUGAGCGCUAAGGAUGUGUUUUAUAGGGAAGUUAGCACGGUUCAUCUGCUGCUUCCAGCCUUGGUGAACUCUGCGAUCGAAGUCACUCAGUCGGAUAAACCGAUUCAACAGGUUUCUCAGUACAUUCUUCGAGUCAAUUCGAUCCUCCUUGGGGUCUUGAGGGAGGUCAUCAAGUAUAGGCAGAACAAUGCUGAUAGGUUCGUGCCUGCGAGGUCCUCCAAUGCUGUUACAGAGUAUCUGCCGUGGACUGCAGCCACUGGGAAAAAUGAGUUGAGGACGUGCCUCUACACCAUGGAGAAUUUGACAUUGAAACAUGGAGUUACUGGGACGAAUGAUUCAGCUGUCAGGAACGAGCUUUAUGAUCAGAUCGUUGGACUGAUUGACCUCAUUCUCGACGGCAGAAAAUGUCACCUGGAGAGCAUCAGAGGGACCGAGAAGUUUGAUAUUCUGUUGAAGCAGUAUGAAACCGAGAGAACUAAUUUAAUUCAGCCAUUGAUUAAGAACGAGCAGUACGAGAAUGCUGCAAUGUUGGCUGAGAAGUACUAUGACUUCGCUUCACUGGUGCAGAUCUGUGAGCUGACUGAUAACAAGAGCAGGCUAGAUAGCUAUUCAGAGAGGUUCACAGAUCAGGAUUUCGUGGGAUUUCUGUUCUCGUGGUACGUUAAGGAUGGGAGACAGGGGCAGCUGGUGGAGAGAUGCAGGCGUGGAGGAGCUGGAGAGCUCACUGAGAAGCUGUCUGAGCAUCCUGAGUUGUCGUGGGUCCAGGAGUCGUUGACUGGAGAGUACAGACAAGCUGCUCACACUUUAAAUGUUCUGGCUAACGAGGAGGUGGAGCUUGUGAAACGAAAGAAGACGAAGCUUUCUUUGAGUAAAUUGGCAUUGCUGUGUUCGGAUGAGCCUGAGGGGGAGAUAAAUGAUGCUAUCGGGAGGAUCAGCAGCGAGUUGGAGCUCAUUUCGUACCAGGAGGAGCUGCCUAAUGAUGUGUUGGAGACUUAUGGGUAUGAUACGGAUAAAUUGAGGGUACUGAAGCCUGUAGAACUUAUCAAUUUUUAUACGUGUGAGGAGAACGCUCUUGCUGGGGAGUUUGACUUCAAGAAGGCGUUGGAUUUGUUGGAUUAUGUUCCUGAUGUUGAUGAUAAAAAGUCGUUGAGACUGAGGAUCUGGGCCAGGGCUGCGAGGAGGGACAAGUGGGAUGCUGUGACGAAGAAUCCAGAGAUGCAGGUUCAGAAGACGCUGUUCUUCAAGCUCAUGGAUCUCAAUCAUACUAUGGGAGAUCCUCUGGAAGAGUGUCUUCCACCAAUCGAUGAUUUACUCUUGGAAUCGGAGUUGGGCCCCCUCGCAGUAUCCAGCAAUUUCCAGUACCUCAUCAAGCUCGUUUAUGAAUACUCGGUACAGCAUUUCAAGAUUCGAACUGGAUGAGCAGUGAUGUAAGAUUUUUUCCACAAUUUCUGAGGUCUUUGAUAACUAAAUAAAUUUUUGAAUUAA